AAAUUAUUAAAAUUUUCCACAAUAAUUAUGUACUUGUCAGGUGAACAACGCAGGGAUGAGUGGUAUGAAGAAGAGGAAGUUGACAGCAGAUGGUCUGGAGGUGACGAUGGCAACCAACCACUUUGGUCACUUUCUGCUGACUAACAUGUUGCUGGGACUGUUGAAGACAAGUGCUCCAAGUCGAGUGGUCAAUGUGUCUUCUGUUGCACAUCACUUCUGCUCAUCACUUGAUGUAGAUGACCUGAACUUCGAAAAGAAUCCUUUCCCUAAAAGCCUUAUCGUUUACGGUCACAGCAAACUAGCGAAUAUCUUGUUUACCAAAGAACUGUCAGAGAAGCUGAGGGGAACAGAUGUGACGGCUAACAGCGUCCACCCAGGUGCAGUGUACACGGAGAUAAUGUGGAAAGGUGAAACUAACCUUAUCAAAAGCAUAUUCGCCUUACUUGUUUGGCUUAUGGGAAAAGACGAGAAACUUGGAGCCCAGACAAGUAUUUACCUGGCAGUGUCUGAAGAAGUGAACAAUGUUACUGGCAAAUAUUAUGUUGACUGUAAGGUAGGUCUGAGUAGUGUAUGAUGUACAUUGUUGACU